UCCCCAGAGAAGGGGGAGAGAGAGAGAGAAAGAGCGCAAGAAAGGAGGAAACCGCGCGCGCCCGCCCCUCUCUAAAUUGAAAAAAAGGGAAAGGAGUUCAAAUGUCGGGGGGGCGGGGGCUGAUGCGGGUGCUGAACGUGGCGGAGAAGCCGUCGGUGGCGAAGGCGGUGUCGGAGAUCCUGUCGCGCGGGGGCGGGGGCGGGGGCGGGCUCCGGUCGCGGGAGGGGCGGUCGCGGUACAACCGCGUGUUCGAGUUCGAGUACAGCAUCGGGGGCCGCCCCUGCCUCAUGCUCUUCACCUCCGUCACCGGCCACCUCAUGGAGCUCGACUUCGACGACCGCUUCCGCAAGUGGAACUCCUGCGACCCCACCGACCUCUACCACGCCCCCCUCCGCAAGCUCGUCCCCCAGGACAAGCUGGAUAUCAAGAAAACUCUGGAGGAGGAAGCCAGGAAAUGCCAAUGGCUUGUAUUGUGGCUUGACUGUGACAGGGAAGGUGAAAAUAUUGCGUUCGAGGUGGUCGAGGUUUGCACAGCUGCGAACCGUCAUCUCGACAUAUGGAGAGCUCAUUUCUCGGCAUUAACCGACAGGGACAUACGUGAAUCAGUAGCGAAUCUUGGUAGACCCAACAAAUUGUUUGCUGAUGCAGUUGACGCCAGGCAGGAAAUCGACCUCCGAAUAGGUGCUUCUUUCACUAGGUUUCAGACGAUGCUGCUACGAGAUGCAUUUGUUCUUGAUUUUGCUGGGGAUGAGAGGAACCUUGUACUAAGCUAUGGUCCUUGUCAGUUUCCAACUCUUGGCUUUAUUGUGGAACGUUAUUGGGAGAUACAGUCCCACGAGCCAGAGGAGUUUUGGACAAUAAACUGUUCACAUACUUCUGAGGAGGGCACUGCUAAUUUUAGUUGGAUGCGUGGUCAUCUGUUUGAUUACAAUUGUGCUGUUGUAAUCUAUGAGAUGUGUGUUGAAGAACCAACUGCAACUGUCAAGAAUGUCAAGCACCAUGAGAAGCUGAAGUAUCCCCCAUAUCCAUUGAGUACAGUUGAGCUUCAAAAACGUGCUUCCAGAUAUUUCAGAAUGAGUUCUGAACACACCAUGAAGGUUGCAGAAGAGCUAUAUCAAGCUGGUUUCAUCAGUUAUCCUCGUACAGAGACAGAUGGCUUCUCAGUGAACACAGACCUACAUGGAAUUGUGCGAGAUCAAGUUGGACAUCAUGUUUGGGGUUCAUAUGCUCAACGACUUCUACAUUCGGAGGCAGGGCUGUGGAGAAACCCCAGUAAUGGAGGGCAUGAUGACAAGGCUCACCCACCUAUUCAUCCAACGAAGUUUUCGGCUGGCGAACCUGGGUGGAGUCAGGACCAUAAUAAAUUGUAUGAGCUUGUCGUUCGCCAUUUCCUUGCUUGUGUAUCACAACCUGCUGUUGGAGCUGAAACAACUGUAGAAAUAGACGUUGCGGGUGAACAGUUUAAUGCAUCUGGACGUGUGAUAAUUGCUAAAAAUUACUUGGAUGUUUAUCGCUUUGAGUCAUGGGGUGGUACCCUACUGCCAACAUACACAGUUGGGCAACAGUUUAUCCCAACAAGUUUGACACUUGAUUCAGGGGUGACAAGACCACCUCCUCUUUUAAGUGAAGCUGAUCUCCUUAGUUGUAUGGACAAGGCAGGAAUUGGCACUGAUGCAACAAUGCAUGAUCACAUCAAAAAGUUACUUGAUCGAUGUUAUGCAACCAAAGAUUCAAAUACUCGUUUUUCUCCAACGAAUCUUGGUGAGGCAUUAGUAAUGGGUUACGAUGAAAUGGGGUAUGAGCUCUGGAAGCCAUACCUCAGAUCAAUGAUGGAGUGCGACAUGAAAGCAGUCAGCAUGGGUACAAAGAGGAAAUCUGAAGUCCUAGAGAAUUGUUUGCAGCAGAUGAAAGCUUGUUUCCUUGAUGCAAGGGUGAAUAAAGUCAAACUUCUUGAGGCAAUGGAGAUAUUCUUUGAAAGAUCCAAUAGACCUAGUGGAGAUGCUAAUAAUUUUAGAGAAGUUGUGAGGCCAUGUGGUAUUUGCAAUGAAUCUAAUAUGGUGCUGAAGAGAAGGCCGAAUGGUGAAUUUAUGGUUGGAUGUUUGCACUUUCCAUUGUGUAGAAAUGUAGUUUGGCUCCCAGGGUCGUUAUCAGAAGCAGCUGUGACCAGUAAUGUUUGCCCUACAUGUGCUCCAGGCCCUGUAUACAUGAUUCAGUUUAAGUUUCGUCGGGUGGAGAUACCACCGAAUUAUGAUGUUGAUCACCUUGGUUGCAUUGGUGGCUGUGAUUCCACACUCAGGGAACUAACAGAGAUUUGUGGGACAGGAUCUCGAAAUCAGUCUAACGCGACAGCAAGAGGGCAGCGAACAACAGAAACUCCAAGUAGUGUUCGACGUGGGAAUUCAAGGCAGGAAUCUUGCACAUAUUGCAGGCAACCAGGGCAUUCCUCAAAUGAUUGCCCCUCCCAGGUUUCGCGUUCACGUGGUUUUCAAUCAACCCGUGCCCAAAACUCCAGAAACACUUCAGGUCAAGUCCUGUGUAGCUCAUGUGGAGAACCAUGUGCCUUACGGACAGCGAAUACGGAAAGUAACAGAGGGAGGAGAUUCUACACCUGCCAAUCCCAAGAAUGCAGCUUCUUCGUAUGGGAAGAUAAUUUGGAGAAUGGUGCUUCGCGAGGUCGUGGCGAGCCUCGUGGAAGCAGUAACAGGUCAUCAUCAGCUGGAAGGCGAGGGGGCCGUGGGCGAGGCCGGAGAGGAGGACGCGGUGAUGGUGUUACAUUCGUGUCAGCGACUGGUGAGCCGGUAUCCGGUUGCUGUUACGUCUGUGGCGACCCCUCGCAUUUCGCAAAUGUUUGCCCUAACCGUGGCAGAUAACUGCUUUAAGGAAUUAUAUGUCCAUCAUUUUCUGUGUUAUACCCUAAUUAAAUCUUCUUUUGCUCUAUUGAUGUGUUGUAUCAUGUGGUUGUAAUUUUCCUUUUAUUCAUCGUGUCAUGUAUAUAAAAUUCUAGAAGAAUCUUUAGUUUAGUUGGUUGGAAGAGGCAUUUGUUUGACACACAAUGUUUCAAUUUAUCUGAUCUAACUCUAAAAC